AUGCUAAUAAUAUAUAUAUAUAAGGCUAAUAUUCCCCUUAAUAUCUUGAAACUCCCUACUAUACUAGCUAGCCUAAAGCUAGAGGAACGGUAUAAAGUUAAGGCUAUAUAUACCCUCCUAGAGGCUAAAACCACUACCGCUACAACUACUAGAGCAGCCGCCCAGAUUACCUAUAAGAAAGGUAGAGAGAGCACCGAAGAGCACCGAAAUAUAUACUAUAGCUAG